AUGGGGCAACGCCAGGUGCAGGCAGUGUUUUUUGAUCUGGACAACACGCUUGUUGACACGGCCGGGGCGAGCAGGAGAGGCAUGUUGGAGGUGAUAAAGCUCUUAAAAUCAAAAUAUGAUUACAAAGAAGCAGCCGAGAUCAUCUGUGACAAAGUUCAAGUUAAACUCAGCAAGGAAGGUUUUUAUCCUUUCAAUACAUGCAUUACUGAACUAAGAACUUCAUUCUGGGAAGAAGCAAUCCAGGAAACAAAAGGUGGUGCAGCCAAUAGGAAAUUGGCUGAAGAAUGCUAUUUCCUAUGGAAAUCUACCCGUUUACAGCAUUUGACCUUGGAAGAAGAUGUCAAAACUAUGCUUACUGAACUUCGAAAGGAGGUCCGCCUGCUUCUGUUAACCAACGGAGACAGGCAGACCCAGAGGGAAAAGAUUGAGGCUUGUGCCUGUGAGUCCUAUUUUGAUGCUGUUGUUGUAGGUGGAGAACAAAAAGAGGAGAAACCAUGCUCUUCCAUAUUUUACUAUUGCUGUCAUCUCCUUGGAGUACAACCCGAAGACUGUGUGAUGGUUGGUGACACGCUAGAAACCGAUAUACAAGGCGGCCUCAACGCAGGACUGAAAGCAACAGUUUGGAUAAAUAAAAACGGAACAGUGCCACAAAAGUCAUCCCCUGUGCCCCAUUAUAUAGUUUCUUCUGUGUUAGACUUGCCUGCUGUCUUACAAAGUAUAUACUGUAAAGUCACUUUAUCAGUUUAA